UGAUGAUGAUAAUGAUGAUGUACAGCAAUACAAAUAGGUCCUACACCACUUGUAGGGAGUCAAGAAAUGUUUAUUAUAUCUUAUCGUAACGACAAUAUUGUAUCACUGGUGAAAUUUCAUAAGCAUUAAUAUUUUGAACAUUUGGGUUAUUUUCUUGUAAGGUGAACUAUGGUAUAGUGUAUCAUAUUCACUCAUUAAAAAUUAGUGUUGUCCAAUAGAAAUAUUAUGAGGGUCAUGGGUAACCAAAUAGCCGCCAAUUUAUAGUUUGAUUUUUCUGAUGGUACGGUAUUUUACGUUGGCCUAUAGUCUUCUUUUUCCCUAACCGUUGGUAGUAGGAGCAGAAGUUGUCACAAUUUUCUCAUUUUCUAGUAAUUUCAAUUUCAAUUUUCCUUUAAUGUUUGUAUGUUUUUUCCUGUCCCACCUAAUUUUAUGUAAAAAUUGUUUUCUAUAUUUGUGUCUUUUAUUGUGUGCCUUUUAUUGUGUCUUCCAAAGUUGUGCUGAGAGUCUUGCUUUUCCUCAGCCGUUAUUUUCUUGUAAUAGCAGGACCUUUUCUCACGACUAAAUAACUCUAUUCCUUAGCCUCAAUAAGAAACUUCGUUCAUAAAGCAUCGCGUCCGUCCUGUAAGUGAUGAGUGUACUUACAGCUUGAUAUGAAGAAAAUUUUAAAAAGUAAUUCGUACUACAAAGAAAAUUACUAGGUCUAUAAUUAUUGCAUAGUUUUACGAACAAAAUUAUAAAGCUAUAUUUUAAAGUCAAUUCCUUUUCUUGUUAUGUAGCCUACACUUUCAAUAAUUAGACAAUAUUUUUUAAUUAAUCAAGGCAUGUUAAUGUCUUUUUAUGGCCAAUCAAUUACUAGCGUCGAAUAUAUACAGGCUGGUCUUAAAUCAUUAUCUCGUGGUAUUGUAUUCUUAACAUCGUCUACGAAUACGCUAAUAUAAUUUACACAUGGGUAUCAGUGGACUUCACUAUUGUCCAGAAAUUUACCAACAGGUUACAUGCCGUCUGAGAUUGCAUCAAAUCAAUUUACUUUUAAGAGUUAGUAGUUCUAACCAUGGAUGAGUUUCUAAGCGUUUGUGAUUACUACAUUUUUACUCCAUAUAUUUAUCCUGUUGACUGGUCGGAGGAUUAUGCACCGCGACAGUGUAUUAGCAUAUGUCUAAUUUUGUGGUUUAGCGGAUUUUUGUUGUAUUUCUUCACAGCUACUUUUAGUUAUUUCUUCGUGUUUGACCAUCAACUCAAAAAGCAUCCUUUGUAUAUUAAGAAGCAGAUAAGUCUUGAAAUAAAGUACACGUCAUGGACGUCACCGUUGGCGUCUGCUCUUAUGGCUCCCUUGUUUCUUGCCGAAUGCCGAGGUUAUACAAAACUGUACAACAGCAUUGACGAACGUGGUUGGCCGUUUGUAAUCUUCAGCAUAAUUAGCUUCAUGAUGUUCACUGAUUGCCUGAUAUAUUGGAUUCAUCGAGGUUUGCACCACCGAUCAGUUUAUAAAGCAAUUCACAAAGCUCACCACUCAUGGAAGAUUGUGACGCCGUUCUCAAGCCAUGCCAUGAACCCCGUCGACGCCUGGCUUCAAUCCGUUCCCUAUCAUAUCUACCCUUUCAUAUUCCCACUCAAUAAAUAUCUCCACAUAGCUCUUCUUAUGUUGGUUAACUUCUGGGCAAUCAGUGUCCACGAUGGAAACUUCAAAGUGCCUGAUAUCCUGAAGCCGAUUAUUAACGGUUCUGCGCACCAUACUGAUCAUCACAUGUUUUUCAACUACAACUACGGACAGUACUUUACAUUCUGGGAUCGUGUUGGGGGAUCCUUCAGAGUGCCUAGUGCCUUUGAGGGGAAAUCUCCUUUGGAUGAGUUAAAGAAGAAAUAAAAAACCACAUCAAACAUUUCGAUGGUAAACCAUGUGACUUAAAAAA